CACUUCUUCCGCGGUGCCGUUGAAUAUGUGUGGUCGUUGGAUGUCGCGGGGGUAAGUGAAGGUGACCUUGGCGGGGUUUGGAAGUCGUCUGUUGUGUAGUGUCAACAAAUUAAGUUUCAAACAUGGCAGAUCAAGAUCCAGAUACGAGUCAAAGACGUUUCAUAGAGAGAGGUUCACACAAAGGCAAAGGCAUUGCAGUUCUUACCAGUGGAGGAGACUCUCAGGGAAUGAAUGCUGCUGUUCGUGCUGUUGUAAGAUUUGGUAUAUAUUUGGGUUGCAAAGUAUUCUUCAUCAGGGAAGGUUACCAAGGAAUGGUUGAUGGUGGAGAUCACAUAGAAGAGGCUGGAUGGUCUAGUGUUUCCUCUAUCAUUCAUAAGGGAGGAACUGUAAUUGGUUCCGCAAGGUGUAAGGACUUUAGAGAACGUGAAGGCCGCUUAAAGGCUGCAAAAAACCUUGUGACCAGAGGGAUUACAAAUCUUGUUGUGAUUGGUGGAGAUGGUUCACUCACAGGGGCAAAUCUCUUCCGACAAGAAUGGCCCUCUCUUCUUGAUGAACUACUGCAAAAGGGCGAAAUCACAAAAGAAAGCAGAGAAAAGUACACAUAUCUUCAUAUUGCUGGUUUGGUGGGUUCCAUAGACAAUGAUUUCUGUGGUACUGACAUGACCAUUGGUACGGAUUCUGCCCUUCAUCGAAUUAUUGAGGCUGUUGAUGCCAUAGUCUCAACAGCUUUCUCACAUCAGCGCACAUUUAUUAUGGAGGUCAUGGGACGGCAUUGUGGAUAUUUGGCGCUGGUGACUGCCCUGACAAGUGAAGCUGAUUUUGUGUUUAUUCCUGAAUGGCCACCAGAGCAUGAUUGGCCAACUAAACUCUGCAAGAAGUUAGCACAGGAGCGGCUUGCUGGCCAACGGUUAAACAUCAUUAUUGUUGCGGAAGGAGCUAUAGACCGUGAUGGACAACCGAUUACUUCAGAGAAAGUGAAACAGGUUGUUGUAGAAAACUUGCAGCAAGACACCCGUAUAACUGUACUUGGACAUGUGCAGCGAGGUGGCAAUCCAUCUGCAUUUGACCGAGUAUUGGGCUGCCGUAUGGGAGCUGAGGCAGUUCUGGCUUUGAUGGAAGCAACACCAGGUUCCGAAGGAGUUCUUAUCUCUCUAGCUGGUAAUCAGGCUGUUCGGUUGCCAUUAAUGGAAUGUGUAGAAAGGACAAAAGCUGUUGCAAAAGCUAUGGCUGACAAACAAUGGGAUAAAGCAGUUCAGCUUAGAGGCAGGAGUUUUGAAAGAAAUCUGUACAUCUACAAAAUGCUGACAAGACUAAAACCUCCUACUCCAGUUGGUGAUGCUGUACAGCAAGAUUCUGUUCUCGGCAUGGAAUCCUUCACUUUGGCAGUUAUGCACAUUGGAGCACCAGCUUGUGGAAUGAAUGCUGCUGUGAGAUCAUUUGUCAGAAAUUGCCUUUACCGCGGUGUGACAGUUCUUGGAAUUCAUGAUGGUAUUGAAGGUCUAGUGGCUGGUAAUAUUAGUAAAAUGGCAUGGUCAGAUGUGACUGGUUGGGUUUCUUUGGGUGGUGCCAUGCUGGGGACAAAACGUACUCUGCCUGGAAAUAGAAUAAAACAAAUUGCAGCUCGCUUCAAGGAAUUCAACAUCCAAGGCCUUCUCAUUAUUGGCGGUUUUGAGGCUUACCAAGGUGCGCUGCAACUUGCAGAGAGCAGGCCAACACAACCAGAGUUCUGCAUACCAAUUGCUGUUAUUCCUUCAACAAUAAGUAAUAAUGUUCCAGGCACAGAAUUUUCCUUGGGUUGUGAUACAGCACUUAAUGAAAUUACAGAGAUUUGUGAUAGAAUCCGGCAGUCUGCCCAGGGCACAAAGAGAAGAGUGUUUGUCAUAGAAACUAUGGGAGGCUACUGUGGAUACCUCGCUACACUAGCAGCUCUCGCUGGAGGCGCUGAUGCGGCAUACAUAUUCGAAGAGAAAUUUUCGAUAAAAGAUCUACAGCAAGAUGUGUACCACAUGGCAUCCAAAAUGGCUGAAGGUGUCCAAAGAGGCCUUAUUCUUAGAAAUGAAAAAUGCAAUGAAAACUACACAACAGAUUUCAUUUAUCGUUUGUACUCUGAAGAAGGAAAGGGGCUUUUUAGUGCUCGAAUGAAUGUAUUAGGUCACAUGCAACAAGGAGGAUAUCCAACCCCGUUCGACCGUAAUAUGGGGACAAAGAUGGGAGCAAAAACGGUUGAAUGGAUGUUCCAGAAACUAAAAGAAUCUUCCAAAGGUGAUGGCACUGUAUAUACUGCAACACCAGAUUCUGCUACACUGCUUGGAGUAUUGAGAAGACAGUAUACAUUCAGUCCACUGGAAGAACUAAAGAAAGGCACAAAUUUUGAUUACCGUAUACCAAAGAAUCAGUGGUGGCUAAAAUUACGUCCUCUGUUAAGAAUUUUGUCAAAACAUGAGAGUGCAUAUGAAGAAGAAGGCUUGUACAUGACCAUAGAACAAGCCGAAGAAGAUGACAAAACAGUAGCAAAAUAGGACAGAUGCGUUUGCCCUCUUUGCUUCUGUUAUACUGCCGUUGUGUGUUGUAAGGAAUGUUAGAAACUAGGCUUUGACAAAGUGUGCAGUUGCUAACUGGAGAACUAAUAACUGUGUUCUUUCGUUUUCAGUUUCUAGAACCACAAAAAUUGUGUUACAGACGAAACAAUGUGAUUGAAACAUAUUUUGGGGGAAUACACUUUUUAUGUUAAGAAUUUCUAAUGUAGAAUGAUCUGGGAUGGUAACCAGUAUGUGCAAAGACAUACAUUUUUUUUUUUCUUUAUUUGUCCUGCUGCUUUAUUGUAUUUUUAACAAUUGAUUUGUUUCUGGUACAUUGAUUUCACAUAGAUCUGUAAUUAUAAUUGCCUUUUGUAACAUACCAAAAAACAUAAUAUAGAAGGCUUGUUCAUCUAUAGCACAAGUUAUACUACACAAUGUGAAAGAUAAUACUGUGUUUUUUUUUCUUGCCAAACAGUUGAGUGCUAUUUUAGAAGUUACAAGUUCUUAUAUUGUGUUGAUAUUGUAAUUAAUUUCUCCAGUGUCGUCGUAUACUAAAAAACCAAAAAUGUAGCCUUUAUAGAGUCCUUUAUAUCUAAAAUUGUUAUUUUAAUCUUGAAAAGAAUUUUAUGAUGAAGGUGUGGUGUUGUAUAGACAAUUAUUUUUUUAAAGUACUUGUGUUAUCCUCUGGUAGGAAUGCACUACUCUCAGUUGUUGACUGUUAUUUAUUUUAUAUAUUGUUGAUUACUUAUUUAUACUCUUUUAACUGAUGUAGUGAAUGCAUUCCACCUAUACUUCUCCCCACUUUUCCUUUUUUUUGUUUCUACUUCACGUAACUGUCAAAAAUACUCUUCAUAGUGUGGGAAAAUGGCAGUGUUAAUUUUCUGAAGCUUGCACACGCAAUGUAAAUUAUCUUUUGUCAGAUUAAUUUUUAUAACUUGAUAUUUCCUUCAGAUGCCUUCGAGAUGCUGCAUUUUCAUUCAGAUAAGCAUUUUUAACACCUCAUUCAUGAUUACAUUUUUCAUUGUCGUACACCAAAAUUUGUAUGACUCAAUAUUAGAACAUCUGAGGACACACUUUGAUACAGAUAGUUAAAGAUUAGUGUACAUGCCGUAUGCUGUGUAACAUCUUUUUAUUUAGGUUAUAUCAUUUGCAAUGGCUUUGACAUAAGCUGCAGUAAUUUUUCAGAAAUGCAAAUUCUGUGAUUUAAAUCUAUUGCAUGUUAGCUUUCAGUUAUGAUUUAAAUCUAUUACAUUUUAGUUUUCAGUUACUAAAGAUAAUGCCAAACAUUUUAUUUAAUGACUGUCAUGUUUUUCUUUUUUCUUUGUGUGGAUUCAGUAUUUAUCCGUGUUUAUUCAUGAGUGUUUUAUUGCGAUACUCAGCAUCCUGUGUAACACACUUACAUUAAAAUUGCCAAGCUGCGAGAGAGACAUGCUAAUGAAUGUGGACUGCAGCCGUAGUUAUAAUUUUGAUGAUUGCCUACUCUUAAGUAUCAGUUGUUACAGAUAGUAUGGGAAAAAAGAGGGUGAAAAAGAAAGAUUUUUUUCAUAUUAAGCAACAGUAUUACCUGUAUUAGAUUGUAUUGUCUUAAAUGUGAUAGUAACUUAUUUAUCAAUGUCACCACUGAGAAGAUCACUUUUAAUGUCGAAACUGAGCAGUGCUCUGAAACUGUGCUGUGUUCUGAACAUAAAUUGUCCAUAAUAGACAAAUAAAUAAUGCCAAAACAAAUAUAAGGGCUAUGUUCCUCAAACUCAUUAACUCAAGUUGAAAUUUACAGAUGUAUCUUUCAUGUGUGUGUUCAUGUUAUAGACUGUUACUCAUGUGCCUUGGUUAAAGUAUUUUUAUGACUGUAAUAUUUAUUUUAAUAAUUUUUACUGUAAAUAUUUAUUUGAAGAGUAGAAAAUGUGGACCCCCCAAGUUACGGUCUUUUGGAAAAAUUAGUGCAAAAGCUGCAGAACAUAAACAAAGCAUUGGUGUAAAAUCUAGGAAAGAAUAUGAUAUGUAAAUGAGAAUAUAUUGUUACUUACCAGAUAGCAGGGAUGUUGACCAGUGGAAAUGAGUGUAUAAAAGAAGAAAUUCUUCUGUCCAGUCAUCCCGCCCCCCCCCCCCCCCUCCCCUCCCUCUCACGCACGCGUUUGGUGUCGUGCCCACUGUAAGUUCCACGUGCCUCUAUGCGUGUUUUCCAUGUGGUGAGUGGCAAUCUAUCCUUAUUGGCAUAUCACAGAACAUUAUAUAACAAAUGUAUUCAUUAUAUUUGUUUCUUUUAAAAGCUGUAUCCAAAUACUUGCUGCCUGAACAAUAUGUGUUGCUUGAAACAAGCUCUGACUGUAAAAUAUACUGAUACACAAUUCUGAGUCUGCA